GUGCGCUGGGAGCGGCGGUGGGGCGGAGCUGUUGCGCGCGCUCACUCCGCGAGCUGCGUUUCCAAAACGAAGCGCGAUUUAUUUUUUCCCGACAGUCUGCCUGUCUCGCGCCGCUAACAGAAGAGGACGCGCGCUGCAACACGAGAGCGCUGGUCAGCACCGGUCCCACACGAGAUGCCGUGAGCGCUGCGUUUCACUCCGGACAGAUGCAAUCAGUGGAAAGAGAGAACAAAAAAAGGAUUAUGGUGUUUAUUUUUUUUUGAUCGUAAAUAGACUAACUUCAAACAAACUAACGUUUCCAGGUGAAUUCUGAGCGUCAAAACGCAAUGCGCGCGGUUGCUCGCUCGAGCGCAGUGGAUCUAGUGGAUUACUCACUUGCGCGCGACCGUUGUGUGUGCGCGUGUGUUUUUUAUUAUUUAUUUUUUAUUUGCUAAUUAACAAAAUCUCAUCUCAAGAGGACGCUAUUGCUUUUUGAGAAUAAGGGAAAAACCCUCCAAAAAGGGAAAAAAUCCUGGAGUUUCUCUCUCUCUCUCUCUCUCUCUCUCUCUCUCUCUCUCUCUCUCUCUCUUUUCUCUUCUCUUUUUUGUUUUCUAACUACAGGAUGCUAUUGUGGUGUGUAUUGGUGUAUGUAUGCAGCUGAUAUCUCCGCACUAGCAUUAUAGCGGUCCAGGCACAUUUCGGCGGAUUCUUGUCUUUUUUUUUCUAUCUCUUCCUACAUCUAUCUGUCUUUUUUUGUGUGUGGAAUAACUGAGUUGGAAAAUCUCCGAUCACUGCUGAGAAAAGACAGACUACAGACUGUCCACUGUCUCCACUGGGUCUUUUUUCUGUCCCGGAGAAUGGUGAGUGAUCAAUGGGGAGUCAACAUGAAUAGCUCAUCGGAAGUCGAAGAUGCACACGGACAGCAGGCGAAAUCGCAGGCCUUCUGCGAGUGUGUACCCAGCUCGUCACAGCUCAAACACCGCUGGUCUGACUCAGAUACAGUCAGGCAAACAGCUCCAAAGAGGAUGAGCUGCAGUUAUUUACUCUGCACUAUUCUUCUUUUCGUGGCUGUCCUGCUUGCCAUUACAGUAACAGGCACCAUUCUGUUCCUGAACCACUCCCAGUCUCCGCCUAUUUCGGAUGGCCCGCCACAUAUCACUACCAAUCAGGAUGAGGCCAAUGCUUUGGUCACAGUUGAACGAGGUGAUGGCUCACGCAUCAACAUUUUUAUUGACCCAAACUGCCCUGACUACAACAGCAAUUUCCUACGACUGGAAGGAGUGCAGACCUCCCUACUUCACUCGCUUACGGAUCACGACUCAGACCUCAAGUCAGUCAAAGGCCAGGACCGGGCGCUGCUGGUCAACCUUGCUGAAGAGGUUGCAAAACUCUCAGCACAUGCCGGCCAGUUAAAGAUGGACUAUGAGUCUCUGCGGAGGGGCCAAAGCAACUUAGGACAGGACCUUAACACUCUGCAAACUGAACAAGGAAAGCUUAUACAGCUGCUUUCAGAGAGCCAGGUUAACAUGGUAAAGGUGGUGAACUCGGUCAGUGAUGCCUUGAACUCAAUGCAAAAGGAGAAUGGAGGCUUGAAGGCUCGCGUGAAAGCUGACUUGCAGAGAGCUCCAGUCAGAGGAUCUCGUUUCAAAGGCUGCUCUAAUGGCUCACGUCCACGUGACUGUAGUGAUAUCCUUGCGAGUGGUCAGCGGGAAGACGGCGUAUAUUCAGUUUUUCCCACUCAUUACCCUGCGGGGUUUCAGGUCUACUGCGACAUGAGCACAGACGGAGGAGGCUGGACUGUGAUACAGCGCAGAGAAGAUGGAUCUGUGAAUUUUUUUAGGGACUGGGACUCUUACAGAGAGGGAUUUGGCAAGAUCACAGGAGAACACUGGCUUGGUUUAAGGCAGAUCCAUGCUUUAUCUAUCCAGGCAAACUAUGAGUUAAGGAUUGAUUUAGAAGAUUUCGAGAACAGUACAGCAUUUGCCCAGUAUGACAUGUUUGGAGUUGGACUUUUCUCUGUGGACCCUGAGGAUGAUGGCUACCCACUGACUGUUGGCGACUAUACUGGCACUGCAGGCGACUCCUUGGUGAAACACAACGGCAUGAAGUUUACAACCAAGGACCGUGACAACGAUCAUUCUGAGAACAACUGUGCAUCGUUUUACCAUGGCGCAUGGUGGUACAACAGCUGUCAUAUGUCCAACUUGAAUGGCCAGUACUUGCAUGGCCAGCACACGUCCUACGCUGACGGAAUAGAGUGGUCAUCCUGGACUGGCUGGCAAUAUUCGCUAAAGUUUACCGAAAUGAAGAUACGACCAACACGCGAGGAACGGGAGAGCAAGUGAUCUGAUCAGAAACAAUCAUGGAAAUUGGAAGAGAAAUAGAAAGAAAAUCAUGCAUUGAAAAUAAAUACCAUUGCUGACUCUGAAUGUGACAUGAAAACAUCUUUUUGGUCACUUUUUUUUCUGGAGAGAGAUCCCAGUUGUAAUUUUAAUUGUUAUCACCAGUGGAUUGAUUGGUCAAAGACACAGAGCAUCUAAGUGAAUCAGGAAAUGGACAGUGAACCUUAAGAGAAUUAUUCUAUAAUACUAAUAUACAUAUAUACCUACAGUGAGAAGAAGGUAUUUUGGUUUUUCCUUAUAAGAAAGCAAGUGCUUUUAUCAGUCUGAAAGCAGAAGGAUGUCACAAUUAAUUAGGAUAGUCAUCACAAGUUGAUAAUUAGUGGAAUAAUGUAUGAAAAAGAAGACUGGGUGAUUUCUUGACAGUAUGUUGAAGCACAUUGUACUUUUUUGGCAGACCAUUAUUGAACAUGUUUGCUUAUCAACAUUACCAACUGAUUAUGAGCCAGCUUUCAACUUCUUCCACCACAGAUGGUGUGUGUGUGAGUACGCGUGUGCAUGUCGGAUAUAGGAGGGGAAGGUAAAAAGCACAAUUAACAAAGAAGGAUCUCAAAUAACAGGCAAUAUCAGCUUUAUAAUUCUGGUUUCUGUUAAGCAUAGAACAUCAAUCUGAUAUUGUUUCUAAUACAUACAUAUUGAUAAGUUUCCCAAUUUGAUUGCAUGAGUAACUUGUAUUGGAAGAGGAACAGACAGGAAUGGACAGAUUAAUAUUAUUCUCUUAACUGACUACCUACUGUACCACCAAAUAUAUGUUUGCUAUAUAUAACUUGAUAACCAAGUAAAAAGGGGGUUAUCAGAAUGCUGUUGCAUAAGUUAAAUAUGCAGCUGUAUAUGGUAUAGUGGUGAUUGGGGAAAAAAAUCUAAUUUAAAUAAAACUAUGUAUCAUUUUAUAUUUUAUAUGCAUUCUCUUACACAUACCGUGCAUUACUGGGUAAAAGUCUCCAAAAGAUUUACUUAUACAACCAAAAUUAAAUAUUUCUGAAAAUCUGAAAAUGUUCGAAUGUCAGUAAAACAAACAAAAAGUAGAACAAUUAAUAAUAGAAUAGAAAUACAUAGAAACAUAGACAAAAUAAAUAAAUGAUCAGGGCUGUUGGUGUAAAGGUGUCUAGUGAAUUCUCCAAGCUGCUUAGAAAAUCAUACCCGUUAAUUUCCUUAUAAAAAUGCACUGAAAUCUCCACUGAUACAUAUUUAAAACAUCAUCGAAAUAUUCAAUUUAAUUGGUUUUGAAGGUGUAUUUGCUUUGCAACACCGCCUCAGUCUUUUGCACAGUACUGUGUAUGGCUUCAUGUCAUUUUCUUCCGUUUUUUUGUACUGUUUUAAAAGGAAAUUGCAUCAGAUUUUGAUUCCUUUAGGGAAUUCUGUACUUAUGCUGACUCAAUCCCCUGAGCUUUUUAGAGGUGCUUAUCUAACAUAUUUCACUCAAGCUAAUAAAGCACAGAGACAUGCAAGGGAUGGACGUGGGUGUCAGUGGGAGGAGACUGUAUUUAAAAAAAUAUAUAUACAUUUUAUCGGCAUCGCAGGACUAUUUUAAAUUGCUGUAAUUCUUCACCCUCCACCAACUUCCACCCUGCUGCAUCUCUAUCUGUUUCUCUUUCUCUUUCUCAAUGCCUUCUGCAGCAUGUCUCAUCAACAACCCUUGCCCAUGUAUAUCAAUUAUUCACAGUAUACAACAUUCUUUGCCUUUUUUUCAAUUAAUUUUAAGAUAUACCUUUAUUCAUCCCACAGUGAGAAAUCUUUUUUUACUCACUAUGAAGAAAAAAAAAGUUUGUCUAGACAAAAACAAAUAAUGUUGGAUAUUAGAAAAACACCUUAGCAUGUGUGCAACAAGACUGCAAUUCGGUGACAAUAUUGACUGUCUUUGUUCCACAACAUUUCCAAAGUAUAAUUCAACACAUAUGCUAAACACAUUACGGUUAUUUCUUUAUGCCAAUUGCUCAAUGCUAAGCUCCAGGGAGAGCGCAUUGUUGCAGUCUUUUACGAGGCUUUUACGAGUUUCUAACAAAUGACUCUAUUUAGAUAAUUAACUCCCUUCUACAAUACCAGAUAGUGGCCUUUCAAGCCCAAGGCAGGACAUGGAUAAUAUAUUCUGCUUUUAUAAACACUUCUUCGGGGGUAAAUUUGCAAAUUAUAAAAACCUCAGAAAUUAUAUUUCCCACUUGAGAUUUUGUAUUUUCUGUAUUUGUAUUUCUAAAUACAUAUGAUUGAGACUACUAUUCAAAGACCAAUAAAUGCUUUUGGAUCACAACCAAGCACAAAGUAUUUACAUAUAUCAAAUACCUGUUUAUAUCAAAAUGAAACCUGAUUGCAAGGUAAAAGUAAGACUAAUUCAAAAGAGGGCAAAGUGGUUCAAUUUCAGAACCUUCUUAAAACAUCCCUGAAUGAAACCCAGUCUUUUCAUAACAAAUAAGAUAUGAAACGUUGUUCGAUACACAGAGAUGGACACAGCACAUUUUACAUUUAUGGCAUUUGGCAGAUCUUUUUAUCCAUAUUAACUUACAUGUAUUUCAAUUAUACAGUACAACUAAGCAGCUGUGGAGUUAAGGGCUAAGCCUUGCCCAGGAGCCCUGCUCAGGGGCCCAGGAGUGGCAUCUUGGUGUGGCUGGGAUUUAAACUCACAACCUUUACAUCUUAACCACUAAGCCACCACUUUUCUAUUACAAAAGUACAUAAUUCCUGUACUUGAGUAAAAUAACAAAACCCUAGCUUGACUAUUGCUAAAGUAAAAUAACUCAUUUUACACUUUGGCUUAAGUAAAUAUUAAAAAGUGCUUGCUUUUGUAAAAUUACUAGCCUAUGUUGUAAUAAUUGAUGCAGUUCAGUGUUACAUUCUCCUGCACAUAAGACCUAUUUAAGGAGAUGGUCUUUUAUUGUUAAAUUUACAUUUAUGGCAUUUGUCAGAGGAUCUUAGGCAAUUCAACUUACAAUGAUCGUACUUAGCAGUUAAAUGUUAAGGGCCUUCUUCAAGGGCCAAGCCAUGGCAAUGUUGGUAUUUUAACUCAUGACCAUUAGAUUAAAAGUCUGAUGUUUAACCAUUGAGCUACCACACACUGGUACAUAAUCUCUCAAACUCAAACCGUGGGUUUUCAUUUGAGGGUCUCGCAACAGCUUUUCAUUUAACACAAUUUAUGCAUUCGCCUUAAAAUAGUGAGGACCGAAUGAUUUUCUAAAAUGCAUUGAAUGUAUUGAAGUCAAGGUUCCCCCUAAUGAAACAAAAGAACUGAUAAAAAAAGAGUACAAAUUUACGUUGUCACUGUUCACCACUGGCAUUACUAUAAGGGACCAUGUUUAUGUUGCUUACGGAAUAUUGAACUAGUCAGUUUAGACACAGGCAUAGACACCAAUCCAUAUCCAGUAUAAAGUGGAAUUUGUUUUUUUUUUUUUUUUUUUUUACUGUAGCUUUAUAAGAUCGGUCAAUCAUUGAAAUCAAUGUCUGGGAUAAAAUAAAUUGGCAAAGUAGGGCAAAAUCCUUAUUAUGGUGAUUUAAAGUCCAUUGUGAGUCCUGAAUCAUGUCUCUUCUUUAAUGUACUGUACAGAGAGCUUUAUUGUGUAGAUUUUCAGAAUGUUUCCAUGCAUGUAUGAUUGUUUUUUGGUUUUUUUUUUUUUUUUCAUUUUAUUUUUUGUACAUACAAAAGCACAAAAAACACAGCGAUUUUGAUGAACCUAUAUUACAAAUUUUUACUCCCAUAUUCUGUCAACUUUAUGUGAAACCUGAGACUCAAACUGCUUGGAUUGCGAUGGGAUUGUACAGAUUAAGACUCUUUGGGACCAAAGGAAGGAAAUGAAGCAUCAUAGACAUUGAGAAAAAAAACUAUACUUCAACACUGGAUUUAUUCAUUCUUCAUUUUAAAUGAUUUAAAGUGACAAAAGAGCAACAUUCAUGGGAGUUUAUACCCACAGACUCAAAACUCUUCAAAGAAAAAAAAAAUAUUUCUGUUCUAUGCCUUUGUCUCCAUGCUGCUGAGGCUGCAAGAGCUCCUCUGUUAUUUAUAUUUGUUUCACUCUCUCUUUCUCUUUCUCUUUCUCUUCAUCCCUGUCAUCCCUAGGAUUAUGUCUUCAUUGAUUGUUUUUCUUUGUGGAUACACAGCCAACUCUCUUGUCCCCGAUCAUCUGUCAGUUAAGAUUGUCAGACUCUGUGGUACGAAAUAGUUUUAUGAUGUAAUAACGGAGCAAAAGAGUUCUAAGUAAAAGAAAUUGGGAAUUUACGUGUGUGUGUGUGUGUGUGUGUGUGUGUGUGUGUGUGUGUGUGUGUGUGUGUGUUUGGGUGAGAGAGUGACUGGAUGAGAGACAAAUAUAUGUGUAAAGGUAAGUUGUUGUUUCCUGUGAAUGAGAUUGCUCUAUAUGAUGUUUGAAGAAUUUAAUUAAAUGGCAACUCAAUAAAUGGAUUCUACUGAUGGUGAAGACGGGAGUAUAUGGUGUAUAUUUCUAUGAGAAACUGUUGAGAGAUUUUAGAUCAUUCUCUGUUUGCUUGUAAAAAAAACCUAAUCAAUAAAAGACAUACUUUUAUAAUGAA